CUCCCUUCCCGACGUGCCCCGCGCGGCGGCCAUGCGGCUGCGGGUGGCGGCGGGCGGCCCCGCUGCCCUGAAGGUGCUAGCGGCUGCCGGGGCCGCCGCCGCUCCGGUGCGGCUCGUCUGGGGAGGCCCCGCAGGGCAGCCCCUGGCCCCGCUGGCCCCCCCUUGGGUGCCCGCCCUGGAGCUGGACACCGGCACCGUCCUCUUCUCCCCCAACGCCAUCUGCCAGUUUUUCUUCUUGGCCUGCGGCGAGGAGCCCACCGACCUCACCAACCAGUGGCUGGAGUGGGAGGCCACCGAGCUGCAGCCGGCGGCCUCGGCGGCCUUGUAUGCUCAGCUGGUGCAGGGCAAGAAGGGAGCGGAGGCGGUGGAGGCCCUGGGGAAGCUGCUGGCUCACCUGGAGCAGAACCUGUCCAGGAGAGGCUCUGCCUACCUCGCCGGGGCCACCAGGUCAGUGGCGGACGUGGUGGUGUGGGGCACCUUGUUCCCUGUCCUGCAGGAUGAGGCCAGCCUGCCAAGUGAGCUGCGGGCGCUGAGGACCUGGUUCCAGAGCAUGACGCUUUCUGAGGCCUGCAAGAAAGCCGCCAGCUCCGUUCUGAUGCCCGAGGCGCUGCUGGAGUUCAAGUCGUACCUGCAGAAGCAGCCUCCGCCCCGCCUGGCCAUGGAGAGAACCACCAGCAACGAGCCCGAGCCUUCCCCGCAGGAGGAAGAAGGUGCCGAGCGUGCUCUGACGGAGGAGGAGAUCACCGCUGCUGCAGACGCUUGGGCCCGCGGCACCGCGGCGCUGCCCCAACCCUGGCAGCCUCAGCAACCUGUGCUGCCGGUGGAGGGCAGGAGGAACGUCCUGAUCACCAGCGCGCUGCCCUACGUGAACAACGUGCCGCACCUCGGCAACAUCAUCGGCUGCGUCCUCAGCGCCGACACCUUUGCCAGGUACUGCCGCCUGCGGAACUGGAACACGCUGUACGUGUGUGGCACGGAUGAGUACGGCACAGCCACUGAGACCAAGGCGGCAGAAGAGGGGCUGACGCCCCAGGAGAUCUGCGACAAGUACAACGCCAUCCACGCUGACAUCUACCGCUGG